GGUCGUUCCACAUACCUCACGUUAAAGGAAAGCCAUCUGAAAUAACAAUUACGGACCAGAAGAAUGAAGUUAUCCUUUAUAUUUGAAUUGCUACUAAUUUUUAUUUUAGUAGCAUUUGCAGCAUCUGCAGCAGUAAUAGAUUCCAAAUCAAAACUAAAAAAGAAUGUCGUCAGAAAAGUUACCCGCGUUAAGCAUCACCGGCAGAACCUAAACCAAACUCAGAUUGCAGCCGCGACUCAAACUCAAGCUGCUGCUGCUGCUGCUGUUCCAACUCAGUCAAAUUCACCAAACAGAUUUUGUUCGUGUGCCAAACAGAUAUGUAACUGUUGUAGGGACUUUAACCUUCAACUCUUGAACCUGAAGGGACCUGGUUGUGCAUCUUUACAGUAUCUGCAGGGUGAUCAGCUCGCGAUUUCCAUGAGCUUCAAUGACAGGGUGCUUACCAACACCACUAUCAAAGGACGGAAACCACCACCAAUCUGUAUGCCGCUACCAGGGGGGAUAUCCAAGUUCUGUGGCCGCGUUUACAACAUUGGUCGUCAAGGAGAUGAAUUUAAUGCUUGUUUAGGACUCGAGUUACGAGCUCUAAAUGAUAUAGAAGCAGCAAUUAGAGUAUCGUGCUUCCGAUUCGGUCCAAAAGGAUUAAGACUCGAAGCUCCACAACCAUUGCCUCCGAUAGACGAAGGUGAAGACGAUGAUGACGACGACGAUGAUGAUGACGAUGACGACGACGAUGAUGAUGAUGACGAUGACGACUUCGGUUUUGAUGGAGAUGACGACGACGAUGAUGAUGAUGACGAUAACGACAAUGUUGAUUAUAGUGUGUUUGAUGACGAUUUUAUCGGGGAAUAUUUCCAGGGUGAAGAUGAAUCUUCUAGCAGUAAUAAAGUUAAACCAACUACCACAACAACAUUACGACCAACUUUCAGAAGAAUAACUAGAAAGCCAGUCUAUAAACCUGUUGACAAAAAUACAAUAAGGAGAAAAGUAAUAAAACACCCAAUUAAAACCACCAUUCCAACUAAAACUACAGAGUUAAAAAGAAAGUCUUCUAUUACUACCAAAAAACCAUCUACGACUUCAGAACAACCUUCUUCAGUAAUGCCAAUGAUAGUAAAAUCUGAAAAAACUAAAAAUAAUACUUUACUUAGCAAAGUUAGUGAAAAUAUGAAAGAAGUUGAAAUUACCACUCUGUCCCAGAAUAAAAUGACAGUAACUACCGAACAGAAAACUGAAAGUACUCCAUUCACUACAGAAGCAAUGGACAGUAUGACAACUUCUGCAGAAGCAGGACUUGUAAAAAUUGAUACUGCUUCGAAUGAAAUCGAUCAAGUACCAAUGAAGUUGGAUGAGCAGACCAAAAUGUCUGAAACUUCUGAAACUGCAGAAACUACCAGUUAUCAAAUGCACAGUACAACAAAUUUACCCAGUAAUACUGAAACUAUUGAAGAAAACUUCGCAGUAGAUGCUGAAAUGUUACAAGAAGAGGCUAAAAAAUUAUGAUUAGAAUAAAUAUAUUUUUAAAUUUGGAGGGUUAAGUUGAUAAAGGUGGUAAAUUAUUUUAUUACUUUGAUAUAAACCAGCCAUAAAUGUACAUUUUAUUUCAUCUAUAAUAGAAUAGUAGAUCUGCUAUAAAAUCUUAAAGGUACAACGUUUGUUACUUUAAAUCUAGCUAAUUUUGCAGAUGGUUUGCAAAAGAUGAACUAAAACUCAGGAAUGACUGGUUUACAAAUAUUUAGGUACUCACUACCAAAAUACAAAACUCUCAGGGAUAAUUAUUGAAAUGAUAUUAAUUAUUAAAAAUUCAUAUAGAGAGCCUAAUAUUCCAAAAACAAUAUAAAUAAUAUUCACAUCUUUAUUCACUUACCUCUUUUGUUAAUUAAAAUUUAAACCAGUGAGAAAUGUUUAAAAUUUUAUGGAGACAGAGACUUUGUAUUUAUUUAUGC